AUGGCGGUGAGGAUGCUGCAGGACUGGUGCAGGUGGAUGGGCGUCAGCGUUCGCACGGGACUGCUCAUCCUGGGCAUCCCGGAGGACUGUGAUGAAGCCGAACUCCAGGAGUCCGUGGAGGCGGCCCUGUGGCCCUUGGGUCACUUUACCGUGCUGGGCAAAGUGUUUCGAGAGGAGGAUAAUGCCACUGCAGCCCUGGUCGAGCUUGACCGGGAAGUCAACUAUGCUUUGGUCCCCAGGGAAAUCCCAGGCACCAGGGGUCCCUGGAACGUGGUGUUUGUGCCCCAUUGCUCAGGCGAGGAGUUUCUCAGUCGCGUGUCCCACUUCCUGGAGCAACAGGGGAAGACGGUGGAGAGUGUGGCCUGCGCCCUGGGGCUGGGGCUGGGGCUGGGGCUGCGCAGGGUGUGCUGGCUCCAAGCGGUCAGUCAGGCGGUCCGGCCUUGGGUGGAGACCCUGCGAUACCAGCGCCUGGGCAUGUUUUCCGGGAGGGGCCAGCCGGCCCCAGGGGAGGAGUCCUUUGAGGCCUGGCUAGACCACGCCGCAGACAUGCUGCGUGGGUGGCAGGGAGUCUCCGAAAGGGAGAGGAGGAGGAGGCUGAUGGAAGGCCUUCGAGGGAGCCUGCAGCUCAUGCACCAGCUUCUGGCAGAGAAUCCUGCCAGGACAGCACAGGACUGCCUGGAAGCCCUGAUCCAGGUAUUUGGAGACAACAAGUCCCAGGCGACCACCUGGGUGAAGUGUUUGACCGCUCAGCAGCAGUCAGGCGAGCGUCUCUCUGCUUUUGUGUUGAGGCUGGAAGUCCUGCUGCAGAAAGCCAUCGAGAAAGGGGCCCUGGCCAGAGCCUCAGCUGACCAUGUGUACCUGAGGCAGGUGCUCACCACCAACCUUAUUGAGCCGUUGGAUGAAGCGCUGAGGAAGCUGAGAAUGGUUGGGAGGUCUCCAAGUUUCCGGGAGAUGCUGGGGCUCAUUCGGGAGUCUGAGGCAUGGGAGGCCAGUCUAGCCAGGAGAGAGAGAGCCCAGGUGGAGGAAGGUGCUGGUGCCUGGGCCAAUGCCCAGGCUGAUGCCAGAGCCAAUGCUAAGGCAGAGGAUGACAAGGUGGAGGAGAAGGAGCAGGAGGAGGAGGGUGGUGACGACCAUGACCCAGCCCCUGCGGGGCUAGAUCAGGCAGGACCCUCAGAGGCCCCCAGGGGCCCCGCCCCUGCCCAGAUGGGCAGUGCUUCCGGAGUGGGCCCAGGAGGGCCUGGCGGUGACCCAGAAGUCCUCGCAAGGGCAGGAGGCCGAGCAGACCCCCAGGAGGGGCUGAAGUCCAUCCAGGAGAAGCUGGGAAACGAGGACAGGGCUGAGGAGAUGAGCCGCCCUGAGUCCUCCUCGGGCAAGUAG